AUGCGUGGGUCCUCCAUCAACAAUAACCACUCUACCUCUGAUCGUGUGCGACCACAGUCUCAGUCCUCCAUCACGUCUCUCCCUGCCCGAGACCUCCACCAACUCGAUCAUAACAGACCCCGUGGUAGUCGAAGAGUGACAUUCCCACUGGUCUCCAAGUUCUCUCGAUUCAGUAGCAAGCUUCCUACGCCUCUGGAUAUUUCCCCAACCCAUCAUCGCUCGCACUCUGCGAGCGUCUCAUCCAGCCAUCACGACAUCGAACGCAGUCUGUCCAACUCGUCGACACUGGCUUCUUCCUCCUCGUCAUACUCGUAUUUUGACCGACUCUCAGACCGUCAGAGCUCAACCCACAUGACCACCCACCCUCUCGGUCUCCAGUCUCCCCAGCAGGAGCAAGGCAGCCGCAAGCGGUCCUCAACCAUGGGGCGCAAGACUAGUGAUGACUACCGUCGAUACCACGGCACCGUUCAGCAAUGUGGUCGUCACGCUAACGACUGGCUCUUUGGUGGUUUUAGUGUGCGCGAGACGGUUCGUGACAGCAUUGACAAGCUCCGCCGCCACGACAAGGAGAGCUGA